CCCCUCCCCCUUUUUUAGCGGUGAAAGUGGAAGUGGUAAAUCAGAACAAUUCAAACAGUCCAUUGAACAUUUGAUUGCACUUAGCACUCAUCGGAAAACAUCUCGCGUCCAAAGCAAUCUUGUUCACGCGCAAACAAUUAUAUAUGCUUUUAGUAACGCCAAAACUUUACAACAUGACAACGCUUCAAGAAGUGCCUUGUUUGUAGAGGUUCAUUUUUCUGAAAGAGGAAGAUUGGCUGGUGCCUCGUUUAUGCCUUACUCUCUUGAAAAGAACAGAGUUACUGCAGCAGGACAAGACGAACGUAAUUUCCAUGUAUUUUAUAAUUUGUUGGCAGGUGCAACGCAGGAUGAAAAGACGCGAUUGGGUCUUUUUGAUUGGUCAACCUUCCAGUAUCUAUCAAAAACAACCACAUCAAGAGCAUCCUCACUUGAUGAUGCGGUUGCUGAUUCUGAAUUGCGUGUUGCGUUAAAAGCCAUGUUGUUUCAAAAACAAAGAAUUGGUCAAAUGUAUCAAGUCUUGGCGGCCAUUCUGCAUUUGGGUAAUAUCCAUUUUAUUGAAGACCCGAAUAAUGCACAAGAUGCUGCCAUCAUAAAAAAUGUUGAUACCUUGGCUACUGUUGCUGAUCUCCUUGGUGUUGAUCCUAACUCGCUUAUGAGUACAUUAACCUUUAAAAGCAAACUCAUAAAGAGAGACAUCACUACUUUAUUUCUGGAUCCUGAACAAGCUGGAAAACAGAGAGAUGAUUUGGCUCAAUCUUUGUAUUGCCUUUUGUUUACCUGGUUGGUCGAACAGAUAAAUGAUCGUAUGGCACCCAAAAGUGUUCACAGUUUUGUCAGUCUACUGGAUAUUCCUGGCUGGAUUAUGUCAAGGCCUUCUGGCGGUGGAUUUGAUCAAUUAACUUUCCAUUUUAUUCAAGAAAACAUGCAUCAGUUUAUGCUCACAAGCAUAUUCGAUCGUGAUCGACAAGAAUACAUUGAACAAGGCAUAAACAUUCCCGCAGAUAGCUGGGCAAUAAACCCAACUGCAAUCGAUCUAUUUAUUCAUCCAUCUAAAGGAUUAUGGUCAAUUAUGAAUACACAGGCUACCCGCCAACAACAACAGCAACAAAGAUAUGAUGAUGACGAAACUUUAGUCGAUAAUUAUGCCAGCGCAAACAAGAGUGCUAUCCAUGAUCAGGUACUAACAUUCAAAAAAAGUGAUACCGGAGCAAAACUUUUUGCUAUUCAGCACUUCUGGGGUACAAGUUCUUACGAUCCUCGUCACUUCACUGAAAGAAACCAAGACUACCUCUGCAAUGAUUUCAUUGCUUUGUUUCGGGGAAAUGCCUACAAUCCACCUACCAGCAAUGGCCUUGUUGCCUGUUUAUUUGAUGAUGCUAUCUUAGGCCAAGAUGAUGGAACAAGGAACAGAGUUCUUUCACCACAACAAGGUAUUCGACCACUUCGAUCACCUACCACAGGAUUAAAUACAAGCUCGACAAUAAAUGGUGUACAUACAGCCUCGUCAUCGAUCCAUGACCACAAACCUGCUGACGUAAAAUCAACCCUAUCAACCUCAGUACAGUCUGAUGUAUCCACCAUAGCAGAUCUACUGGUUACAGGUAUGGCGGACUUAACAAAUGCGUUAUCGAAUACUCUACCAUGGUUUGUCCUAUGUAUCAAACCCAACGACUUAUCAUUACCUAACUCCUGUGAUGUCAAACGAGUGGCAGUACAGCAAUCACAUUUUAAACUGACAGAUAUAGUUAAAAGACUAAGAAGCAGUUAUUAUACAACAGUUUUUACAUUUGAUGAAUUCUGGGAUCGUUAUCAUGUAUCUAUACCGCUUACACUAAACACAAUGCUGGAUCCAAGUUUAUCUCCCAGAGACAAAUGCAUUUACAUAGCUCAGUCACUAGGCUGGAAUGAAACAUGGAUGGCUACCGGUAGAACUAAAGUCUAUUUAUCAAAUCAUGCUUUUAGAGUUUUAGAGGAUGACCUGAGAAGCUUAGAAAAAACCGAAUCAAAGAGAUCGAAAUUAUCGCUACUUGGUCCUGGCCAAAAACCAUUUGACGCAUACUCCUAUAAUGAUGAUAUGGUAUCUAGCGCCAUGUCUGAAGAUGAUUACCAGGAAGAAUCUGGGCUGAACGAUUAUAGCGGUUCCGAGAUUUUUUCACAAGCUACCAUAGAAAAUAAAAAGUCUGGAACAUUUUUAAUGAAUCAACAAGAGAAUGCAGUAGCUACCGAUAAAAAAGCUAUGAUGGAAGAUGAAGCAGAACCUAUGACAGGUAUUCGUAAAAAAUGGCUCGUAUUUGUUUGGUUUCUAACCUGGUGGGUCCCGUCCCCUGCAUUGAAUCAUUGUGGUGGUAUGAAGAGAAGCGAUGUCCGAUUGGCCUGGAGAGAGAAAGUAGCACUAUGCUUGCUCAUCUUUUUAUUGUCUGCUGCCAUGGUUGUCUUUAUUGUAUUCUUUGGUCCUUUAAUUUGUCCUCAUCAAGAUGUUUAUUCUCUUUCAGAACUUCAAGGAAAAACGGACAAGGACAGCGCGUAUGUUGCUAUUCGUGGUGAAGUAUUUGACUUGACAAAGUUUGCCCCUCAUCAUUGGGCAUCUGAGGUAAUUCCAGACAAUGUUAUUUUUGAUUACGCCGGAAAAGAUGCCACCAAUUUAUUCCCUGUGCAAGUAUCUGCAUUAUGCGACGGUACGACUGGUCGAAUUCCCGAAGAGGUUGUAUUGGAUUUCCAAGUGAACCUCACGGAUCGCAAUGCAGCGUACCAUGAUUUCAGAUUUUUUACCAAUGAUUAUCGACCUGACUGGUAUUUUGAACAAAUGGUUUAUAUGCGAAAGAACUAUCGAUUGGGAUUUAUGGGAUAUGAACCGAAUGAUAUCUUACGUCAAGCUACCAAUGUUGUCAAUGUUGGAGAUAUAAGUACACAUCGAAGCUGGGCUACAUUACAUGGCGAUGUGUUUGACUUGACGUAUUACUUACUUGGUGGUCGUGCUCCUCGUGCCCCUGAAGGCACGGUACCUCCCGCAAAUUUAGAUUUAAACUUCAUGGAUAACAGUAUCGUACAGCUGUUUCGUCAGUUGGCUGGAACUGAUAUAUCCAAACAUUUUGAUGCUUUGCCUAUUUCUGAAGACCUGCGAAUGCGUCAACUGGUUUGCCUUAGAAAUCUGUUUUUUGUUGGAAAAUUGGAUACAAGAAGAUCCUUCCAAUGCCAAUUUUCCGAAUACUUCUUACUUAUUGUCACAGGUUUUCUCUGUGCCGUUAUUUUGUUUAAGUUCUUAGCCGCUUUACAAUUAAGCUCUUUUAGAGAACCAGAAGAUUAUGACAAGUUCAUCGUUUGCCAAGUUCCAUGUUAUACAGAAAGUGAGGAGUCAUUAAGGAAAACAAUCGACUCUAUUGCCGUGUUACGAUACGAUGAUAAGAGAAAGCUCUUGUUUUUAGUCUGUGAUGGCAUGGUUAUUGGUAGUGGAAACGAUAGACCCACUCCCCGUAUCAUACUCGAUAUUCUUGGUGUUGAUCAUAACGUUGACCCCGAACCAUUAUCUUUCUUGUCCCUUGGCGAUGGAUUAAAACAACAUAAUACGGCAAAAAUUUACUCUGGUCUUUACGAAUGCUGUGGUCACGUCGUGCCUUAUGUUGUUGUAGUUAAAGUUGGUGCUCCUAAUGAACGCCAAAAACCGGGUAACAGAGGAAAGCGAGACUCUCAAAUGGUGUUGAUGAGAUUUUUAAAUAAGGUGCAUUUUGAAUCCCCCAUGACGCCGAUGGAACUUGAGGUCUAUCAUCAAAUUAAAAAUGUCAUUGGUGUUAACCCGAGUUUUUAUGAGUUCGUACUCAUGGUAGAUGCAGAUACCGAGGUUUUGCCGGAUUCUCUUAAUCGUAUGGUGUCCUGUUUUGUCCAUGACUCUAAAGUAAUUGGUCUUUGCGGGGAAACAAAACUUGCCAAUGAGAAGGACAGUUGGGUCACCAUGAUUCAAGUAUACGAAUAUUAUAUUUCGCAUUUCUUGUCCAAGGCUUUCGAAUCUUUAUUUGGAUCCGUGACUUGUCUUCCUGGUUGUUUCUGUAUGUACCGCAUCCGGUCUCCCGGUAAAAACCAGCCCUUGUUAGUUAGUAACCAGGUGAUCAUUGAUUAUGCUGAAAACAAGGUUGAUACGUUGCACCAAAAGAAUUUACUCCACUUGGGCGAGGAUAGAUACUUGACAACGCUUAUUUUGAAACAUUUUCCAAAUUACAAGACCAAGUUUACAGCUGAUGCCGGGUGCUUAACAAAUGCACCGGACCGAUGGAGUGUUUUGUUGUCCCAAAGACGUCGUUGGAUUAACUCUACUAUCCAUAAUUUGGGCGAGUUGGUGUUCUUACCUCAACUCUGUGGUUUCUGUUGCUUCUCUAUGCGGUUUGUAGUAAUUUUGGAUUUACUCAGUACAUUGGUCAUGCCCGCUGUCGUUUGCUAUUUAGGCUUUCUCAUUUAUAGAUUAGCUACAAAUGCAGGUCAAGUUCCGUUUAUUUCAAUCAUCACAUUGUGCGGUGUGUAUGGUCUACAGGCUAUCAUUUUUAUUCUUCGUAGGAAAUGGGAACAUAUUGGUUGGAUGAUUGUAUAUAUUUUGGCUAUCCCUCUCUUCUCCUUUUUUAUACCAAUGUAUUCAUUCUGGCAUUUUGAUGAUUUCUCAUGGGGUAAUACACGUCUUGUCUUGGAUGAUGAUGGCCAAAAGAAGGCGCUCCCAGCCGAUGAAGGCAAAUUUGAUCCAAAAUCGAUUCCUUUGAAAAAAUGGAGUGAUCAUGAAAACGAAGUUUGGGAAACUGGCUCAGCGGAAACUAAAGGUACGACACUUACCUCGUCUACAACACAACGCAGUGGCAUGCUACCUCCUGUAUUAGGCUACGCCAAUGGGUAUAUGACACCUGUUGUAAACUACCCUGGUAGUAUGAACCAGAUGCCUUUGGCUGCUAGUGUUGCAUAUAAUGACAAUGCUAGCUUCAGAUACUCUCAUCAAAAUUUAGCGGGACGAGCUCCCUCGUUUGCACCGUCAUUAAUGAAUGGAUCACAGCAUCACCCUGGAUCUAUCUAUAGUGGCGACGGAAGUGUACAUGGAUAUGCAAUUCCUAAUAUGAUGGACAACGUGUACCAUCCUACAGACGAGGACAUUCGAAGACAAGUUCAACGUAUUACAGGAACGGCAGAUCUAAUGACAAUGACAAAGAAACAAGUCCGAGAACAACUGAGUAGACAUUUUGGAAUCAACAUGUCGUAUAGAAAAGAUUUCAUCAAUUUAUGUAUCGAAGAAGCACUUAACUUUUAAAAAAAAACAAAACAAAAAACUAUCCCCCCCCCCCUUUGAUUAUUUUAAUAUUAUUUAACAUUUAUUUUGGACAAUUAUUCAUUAUUAAAAACUGUAACCACCACGUUUGAC